AUGAGCGGCGGCUGCCCGGGUUCCCCGUAAGCUUAACCAAUGGCAUUGAAUGCUCUCCCAAACCUUCGGCGAACAUGGGUCUUGUUCAUGCCCCAACGACCAACCGGCAUGCCGACGGAACCCUACCUAGUGGCCAUGUCUAGUUAAUGUUAGUUUGGACGUCCUCAGUUCUCUCUCUCCCCGCACGCUGGCGAGUGGCUCAUCGUGGGAGAUACCGUACGCUGUCCUUCUUACUACAGAAAACCCAGCAGCUGGGUUCGUCAAGCAGGAUGUUCAUCUUGAUCGCUUUCGCCUGGGGUGUGCCGAAAACUUGCAUAAUUUACGUUCAUUCAACGCUUCGUUAUAAACUUUGCCUUUUCUCCUCGGUGAAUUUUAGAACUUAGCCAGUGUGGGAUGUGAUGGAACCACGCAGGUUUUUCAUAAGAUUCAGUUUCUUGCUGGGUCAGUUUGAUGAUACAUUUCUCGAAACAAAGGCUGGGACUCGUCUCUCCCAUUGGAAUGAGAGCAAAAAGAUGCUUCAAUCGCGAGAACACACCACCCCUUAAGCUUGAUGAACGUGAUGUUCUACCAGGGACUAGUUUAGCUAUAUCAUCUUGAUAUUUGGUAGUCAACUAUGCCUCUACUUUAUCAUCUGGUGUGUGAAUCUAUGAUGAGUGCAUGCUAACGAGCUGCUGUGCCGACUUGUGGGCCUCUCCUCGAAUAAUGCACCCGGCAGGGGAGGGAAAAGAGAGGCUUCUGAUUUGCUGGGCGAAUGUACUUAUCAAACCUCGUCAGGGAUUCCAUACAGUGUACUAGGUCGACGGACUGAGGGGGCGAACCUGGCCGUAGAGGCUGAGAGGUAGCACAGAACGGUGGGAAUGAGUGCUAGUGGCGGAAGCGGAAUAAGGAUGUGGGCAAAGAAAUAGAGAAAGAGGGAGAGAGAGAAAGGGAGACGGAGAUGGACUAUAAGCAUUGAAACCGCGGGGGGAUUGGGGGGGGGAGGAGACGGACUUCCGACUAUGCGAAUGAGAGCGAUAACUAAGGGAAUAAGCAAGGAGUGUAGAGUGAAAGAGGGUGGGCACAGUGUUUGACAUACCCCUAUGCAGAUACUCCACCCAAUUCGUUACCUUGUGAAGUCAUUCACAGACCAGAUGCAUAACAGAAAAUUUACCAAGUCAGGCCGAACAAUCUUGAUGCUCAUCUUUUCCGGUACGUAUGGAACGUUUCCCUUCAACGUGAUUCUGCCCCUUCCUCAGUUGACCUUCACUACCACUGGCGCCUGGAUGACCCCUCUUCGAGUUCUGACUUCUCUUUUGUCACGGAUGCUAUUAAAACCCAUAAGGAAGGGACCAUAAUUGCGUGGGUCCCACAUCUCCGCUUCGUUUCCUCCGUCAGAAGUCGCUGUGUAAUUAUGAGGGCCAAGUGGCAUCCUUAGGUGAUGAUAACUAGAGUGCUUCAAUCCAAAGGCCCAUGCUGGCGUUCCCGUGGAUCAUCGGACAUUGAACAACAGCCUGCCUCGCCGCCAGUUUCGAAGAUCAUUUAACACUCCCGAUUCCACUCACCCGGACGACCAAGCCAGAGCUUCUCAUCCGUCCCCUGAGAACCCCUGCAAACCAAACGGCAACCUCUAGUUCAUUGCAUCCCACGGUCCCGCGUCAGGCUGUGAGGCCCACACGCUGAACCAGCCAUCUCCCUUAUCCGUCCCCCGCGAAGACCGCACUAUAUAAGUAUCCCUCCCGCUCGCCUCCAUCGCACCCAUCACUUCACGUCAUCAGCCAGCUCUCUUUCCUCCUCAUCCCCAGGAGACGGGUCGUCACCUUCUCCUUCAGACACCGGUUGCUCCACCGAUCCGCCCCGCUCGUAACCCCACCGCAGGUCCACGUUCCACCAAUGGCGCAGCAGACCAUCGAGGCCCACCGCCCCGGCGCGGAGAUCUACACGGGCGACGACCUCUGCCGCCAGAAGGCCAUCGACCUCCUCGAGGAACUCAACCUCCCCAGGGGCCUCCUCCCCAUCGAGAACGUCGAGGAGAUCGGCAUCAACCGUCAGACCGGCUUCGUGUGGCUCCGCCAGAAGAAGGCCCUCAACUACACCUUCCGCAAGGCCGGCCGCCUCGUCUCCUACGGCGCCGAGGUCACGGGCUUCGUGGAGGACCGCCGCAUGCGGCGGGUGACGGGGGUGAAGUCCAGGGAGAUGCUCGUCUGGAUCCCGCUGGGAGAGUUCUUUGUGAACCCCAAGGACACCACCAAGAUCACCUUCAGGACGCCCGCGGGACUCUCGAAGACCUACCCGGCCUCGGCCUUCGAGCUCGAGGAGCAGGGAAACCAGAGAUUACUCACCUGA